AUGGCGCCUCCUCCACCAAUCAUUAUCGACGCCCAGGUCGUCUCUGGGAUCACAGGUUCGAUCUCCAUCGCAUGUUGGAUUAUCGUGUUUGUUCCGCAGAUUUAUGAGAAUUUCAGAAGAAAGUCAUCCGAAGGUUUGUCCUUAAUGUUUAUUAUUCUAUGGUUGGCUGGUGAUAUUUUCAACGUUCUAGGUGCUGUCUUGCAGGGAGUUUUGCCCACCAUGAUCAUAUUGGCAGUUUACUACACUUUGGCUGACAUUGUUCUUUUAGUGCAGUGCCUUAUCUAUGGCCAUGGAGAAGAGCCCGAUUAUGUCCAUUUAUCGCCUGCUAAUCCGCUCAGUGAAGAUGUUUUGGAGACGGUUUUGUCCAGAGAAAGACACCACGAAGACGACUCCGACUAUGACAACUUGGAUGAUGCUGUUAUCGAUGACGAGUCCACCAUUUCCCCACUCAAGGCAGUGAUUCUCAAGACCCUGAUGGUUUUGCUUGUCUUCAUGGCCGGUUUGAUUGGCUGGUAUAUCUCGUACGUGAAAGACCACGGCAAGAAGAAGGGACCGCCAUCUGAACUUGUUUUCGACCCAUUGGCCCAGUUCUUUGGUUGGCUCUGUGCUGUAUUCUACUUGGGUUCGCGUGUUCCCCAGAUUUUGCUCAACUACAAGCGUAAGUCGUGCGAGGGUAUCUCGUUUAUGUUCUUUCUUUUUGCCUGCUUGGGUAAUUUGACCUACGUGAUUUCCAUUUUGGCUAUCGACAUUAGCUGGAACUACUUAUUGGUCAACUCGUCUUGGUUGGCAGGUUCAUUGGGUACAUUGGGCUUGGACUUUACCAUUUUCGUUCAGUUCUUCUUGUACAACGAGAAUGUUGAUGACGAGAGCUCUUGCAAGACCAGCGAUACAGAGGGACUUUUGACCACUCCCUCGGAGAAUUACAAUUCCUUGUAG